AUGGCGGACGUCGUGCGGUGCUUUGGAAAAAUACAUGCUGCCUUUGUUGCCAGUGCAUACGCUUCUCAUCUAGUCCCAGUGGUGGAGAAGCGAUGGGCGAACUGUGAGCAACCGCUGAUGCUUCUCGCUUUCGCAUUGCACCCGCUCUACGUGACCCAUACGCGUGCCUUAAUCCAAGCUCACGACAAUACUGUCAUUUUAAUGUCAGUAGACGGCGUCUCCGCUGCUGCUGACUAUUACUAUCGCCGCUAUGUUGAUAUCAACAGCAACGGACUCGUAGGUGAUGUGGACAAGUGGUUGCGUGGCAAAUUUACCCCGAAAAAGCACACUGACUUCACUGACCAGGCCGGUGUCCUUCAACCGAAUGGGAUUCGUGGUACGUCAAGGGCAGUAAACUUCCUCAGCUAG